GCCCCGCCUGCAGACACACCGCUCGAUCGCAGGCUCCCACGAGGUUCUGCAGAGUGGGUAAGCCAUCGCCUUCCAGAACCUCUUGGCUUAGCAGGCUAGAUAAGGCAGGCAUGCUGGUGGCCCAGGGGGAUACAAUCAGUGCCCAAAGAGAGAUGUUAGCGGUGUGAUAAAUUAGGUGUUAAAAUGUGUCAAACUGUCUGUUCCCCUCUGUUUCAGGCUGCUUGAUGCUGGAUUUGCUUUUGCACAUUUCGGUGGAAAUGCACCUUUGCUGUGGCUUGUAACUUUCUAGUUGAAUAACUUCAGGGCAGGCCCACAUUGGAAUUUAAUUAUCCUUAUCCUGGGAGGGCUUUACCCUGGUUCAGUGCUCAGAAGACUGGACAACUCCAGACACGGGUGACACUUGUCCUGGGGCACUUUGGCUUCAGUAUGUUGCUGUUCUGAGGCUUGUGUCAUAACACUCUUUUGACGGCCUGGGAAUGAAGAUGGCCUGGUCUGGAACUAAAUUCUGCCCUGUCACUAGUUACACAUCAGGGAGGCCGCCCAUCUGCUGGACGCCUGGCCAGAGGUGUGAAGCCAGACCCUGAGAAUGGCAGCCCACAUGCAUUAGCUCCACAUGCUAUUUAGUGACGGUUCAAGCUAACUGUAAAAGGUCCAACCGCAGAUUCAUCGAAGGCAGGAGGCUCGACGCUCAGGUAGUGGAGAAAUCCUCCCAGGCGGACGCUGGGAAAUGAAGCUGCUCAGAUCUGCCUUUUCAAAACCAGGGCCCAGCGCAGGAAUAUCAUACGUGCCGUCCAGACUGUGGCGCCAAAAAAGGCUCAGAGGCUUCCUGGGAUUCGGCAGAACAGGGAGCCGUGAUUGGUUAGUAAUGUCUGCUGAGUUCAGGAGUGGGGGUAGUGGCUCAAGUGCCACCUGUUUGUCAUCUAACCAUUUCCCAGCCACCUCCCCGGUGCUGGGGGCUUUUUCGGAUGAUCUCCCCAUUCGGUCUCAUGGCAGCUCCGAAGUGGACGGUGCUCUGCCCGGGGGAGCUUGCUCAGGGAAAGAUGCUAAGGAAUCGAAAGCACGAUCCAAAAUGCAACGUGUAGUGUGAUUACAGUUAAAUUAUAAUUAUUCUAAACAAAUUUAAAUAUAUAUGGAAAGGAAGAACCUGGAAGGAAAUCUACCAUAAUGUUCAUAAUGAUUAUCGCUGGGUGGUGAGAUUGUAGAUGGAUUUUAUUUUUUCUUUAUGCUUGUCUGUAUUUUUCCAUUUUUCAGAAUGACUGGCAUUCCUUUUUCAAACGUAGAUAAACUGUAUGUGGUCACGGGCCUGUGCAUUUUUUUCAUAUUGUGAAAAAUGGAGAUUUGAUGGCAAGCUUUUUUCACUUCAUAAGUUCACCAGGAACAUUAAUUAUUCCCUCUUAAUAUAAUUCUUAGUAGCUACUUAAAAUAGUGCUAAACCUUUUGCUUCCUCUGGACUGAAAUAUCUGGGCAGGCACCCUCGCAAUCACCUCCCAAAUUCUAACGCUGGACGUUGGUCGGCAAGGGCAAGCGGAUGCCUCGCGGCCCGCCGAGGAGCCUUCUCAGGAGCCGCAGCAACAUCUUCGUAUGCGGUAGUCUUGCUAUGAGAAAGUUAGAAACUUUCUGAUAACUUCCACCACGAUCCAGGCAGACGUGGUUUCUGUGAAGUAAGAACGGGCACUUAGGAAGAGGGACCAGACUGACAUCUGAGAAGAUUCCAUGGGGUCUGCAGCUCUUCCAGUUGUGGGGGUGAGACUGUGCCUACAGACCACGUAGCCUGGCCUGUGCCACAGAGGCGCUCAAAAUAGGUGGUGGUUGUAAUUUUUAAAAUAAAAUCAUAUUUGUGUUAUAAGCUACACACACAUUACCUAUUUUUCUAAUGUUUUGAUAACUUGGGUUUAUCAGGAGUUAUGCUAAGUGGGGUUCUCGAAACCAUGCAGUUUGUGCAAAUCUGCCAGCCAGCUUCUUCUCUCCCUCCCCGUGGACAUACACGGGCUGCAGACGGAGACUCGAGUGUGGCACGGAGAGCUGCUGAGCCAGCUGAGGUCCAGGGUGGCUGUCAUCCUGCCGAACACCUGGUUCCACUCUGGUUGCUUUGCUCCUCUGGCAGGAGCCAUCGUCAGCAUGUUGGAGCUGCGAAGAGUUCCAUCUGGCUCGCAGCCAGACGAAUGGAGAAUUCCUUCAGAUUUAGGGCCCUCAUCUUUGUGUCCCAUGGCGCUGGGGAACACUGCGGCCGCUAUGAUGAGCUGGCUCAGAUGCUGGUGGGGCUGGGGCUGCUGGUGUUUGCCCACGACCACGUUGGCCACGGACAGAGCGAAGGGGAGAGGAUGGUCGUGUCUGACUUCCACGUUUUCGUCAGGGAUGUGCUCCAGCACGUGGAUAUCAUGCAGAAAGACUAUCCCGGGAUCCCUGUCUUCCUUCUGGGCCACUCCAUGGGAGGUGCCAUCGUCAUCCUCACAGCCGCAGAGAGGCCAGGCCACUUCUCUGGCAUGGUUCUCAUUUCACCUUUGGUUCUUGCCAAUCCUGAGUCGGCCACCACUUUCAAGGUCCUUGCUGCAAAAGUUCUCAACCUUGUCCUGCCAAACAUGUCCCUGGGCCCGAUUGACGCCAGCAUGCUCUCUCGGAAUAAGACGGAGGUCGACCUUUAUAACGCGGACCCCCUCAUCUGCCGGGCAGGGCUGAAGGUAUGCUUCGGCAUCCAGCUUCUCAAUGCCGUCUCGCGGGUAGAGCGGGCCCUCCCCAAGCUGACGUUGCCCUUCCUGCUGCUCCAGGGCUCUGCUGACCGCCUGUGCGACAGCAAAGGAGCCUACUUGCUCAUGGAGUCCUCCAAGAGCCAGGACAAGACACUUAAGAUUUACGAAGGUGCCUACCACGUUCUCCACAAAGAGCUUCCUGAAGUAACCAACUCCGUCUUCCGUGAAAUCAACAUGUGGGUCUCUCAAAGGACUGCGGCGACAGAGAGGGGGUCCCCGCCCUGAGUGCCCUGGCCCCAGGCCAUCCACGGUCAGAGAAGCGGGCAGAGGAAGGGCAGAAGCUGGCUUCUCAGAUGUGGCUUGCAAAAAAAAAAAAAUCAUAAUUGGAGGAAUCCCUAGCAUAAUUUACUUAAAAAAAAAAAAUUUCUUGUGGCGUUAGGCUGUCUGCCACCAGGUCUACCUUAAGAGGUAGAUGCUGUCUGCAAACACAGGAAAGGGUCCCAGGCAGUCUUCCAGAGAGGGGGGAAGGUGCGGAGUGUCCCAAGAACACAGCGAAGCCUCUGCCCGCCUCUCCCGGCUCCCAGGAGGUUCCCAGGAGCUCCUGGUGGUCCCGGGAUGCCUGACUGCAAUAACUGGGGGAUACUCCCCUCCUGCCCACCCUCCGGCCCCCACCCCAGCGCCCCUCUCCUCUGGGCCUUGCCCAGUGGCUCUUCUCUGGCCGUGGGAUGGGGUGGCCAGCCUCAGCUCCCCCAGGCACACUCCCGUGCCCUCUGAGACCCAGAAAAUUCCGUAUGUCCUCAAAAUGAGUAGCCACCCUGACCCAAGGCAGUUCCUGUCGGCAGGAGGCUUGGCCCAGAGGAGGACUAGGCGGGAGAGCCUUCCUCCCCUCCCUCCUCCAGGGCAGCCCGAGGCCGCCCCGAGUGCCGUGUGUAGUCAGGGGCUGCCUUUCCACCCCUGACUCAUUCUGCCUGCCACAGCGAGAGGACAAUUGUACUAAAGAUGAAAUGUCUAAUAUAUAAUGUAUAUUCUGAAACAGAGACUAUCUGCGUGGGUGGGUAGGUGGGUGGGACAAGGGGGCCUGAAGGCGCAGGAGCCCCUGGGAGGCAGGGCAGGCGUCAGCAGGGGCAGCAGCAGGCCUGUCCCUGGGCCCCGCCCGCUGGGCCACAGCCGUCCUGGGAGCCUGGGUGCUGGCAGCACAGCUACCUCUGGUGGCAGAAGAGAGUCCCAGUGCGGUGGCCCUGCCCAGAGCUGUGAGCCCCUGGAAGCCAAAGCCAGAGGGACCACCCUUUCCCAGCAAGGUCCCCGCCACGGGACCUGCCUCUCUCGGUGCCACCCCUGCCCACCCUGGGCCCUCACUUAGCGGCAGCAAUAAAUGGGGAUCACCACCCACCGUGGGAGUACUUGCACUUCAAGUGGACUCACUGUGGCCUCAUGAGGCCCCUUAGUGCAGAUAUGGCCGUGGCGGGGGUGGAGCCCCUGGGGGCCGCCGGGCACCCAGAACCCCAUGGAAGGUGCAGUGAGGGGCCCAGGCCAAGGCGAUGGCUCCUCCUGCCAGCCCCCUGGCCCGGGGCUGGGAGUUGGGGCUCCCACCCCUCCUCCUCUGGCAGUGGGCACUCCUGGGGCUUGUCCUGGGUCCCCGGGAAGGGGAGCCCCUCUGCCCUCCCUCUGGGAACCCUGACCACACCAUGGGGGAGCCAGAGCUGGUCACUGCCAGCGGGUGGCCUGGGCCCGGCCAAAGGUUACUCUUGCAGCACUGAGGUUUGUGUUCUCCUGCCCCUGCCCCUCGGGAGGGGCGAAGUGCUCAGGCGUCCGCCUCAGGGCGACAGGGCCCAGAUCCCCACGGAGAGUGGCUCCCAUCACCCCAUCUUGUUUCUCUGGCUUCUCUUUGGAGGAGAGAAAUGUAAAAUAUGCACUGAGAAAGAAGGCCAGCCCUGCCUGCUCAGCUGGGCAGCCGUGUGGGCGUUUCUGCUCCUCAGCUGGGGCUGCAGAAACCCCACCCCAAUUCCUCAAAACCACCAGCCGCAGGCCCAGAUCUGGAAGCUGGAGCCUGGAGCUGUGAUAGCACAGGUCACACCAAGUCCCCCCCUCCCGCCCCCGCGCCUCUCCCAGAAGCAUGUGACAGCAAUGCCAUUUCCCAAAUUAAAUACCAGGUGCGUGGUUUGACCAGGAAUCUUUCAGAUGCAUGAAAUUGUUUAUAUGAAUGUCUUACAGGGACACAUUCCGCAUUUACGCAUCUGGUUAAAGAAUCACCUAUAUUAAAGAGAAAAAAGUAGUUAUUUGAAACCAGGACUGUCUCCUGGGAGAGGGGACAGGGGACAUCUCCAUGUCGUGCCCACCUGCUGAAUCAGGACCGGGUGCAGGAGCCAGACCUGACCUGUGUCUGGAGUCCCACACGCGGCCGCCCCAGGGCUUCGCGCCCUUCCUGUCCUGGGGAGGCUGUGCGAGUGUUGGCUUGAGUUCACCCUCAGUGUUGACAGCUCUGUGCUGAGAUUCGGAGCUUCAAACAAGUGCCAUCGCCUCAGCGCAGAAGAGUUGGAUUUGGAAGGGAAGCUGGGUCACACGCGGUCUGGCCUGGAGAAGUGAGAGGAGGGCAAAGGCCCGGGAGGACCCGUGGAGACGCUGCUGAUCCAAACCCCUGGGGGCCCACACACUAUUGGGACACUAGGCCCCAGCACUGAUGCGGACACAGUGCCUUCCCCCAUGACUCGGAUCAUGCCGGGCCACACAGGAAGGGGUUUCAUGCCUGAAAAUCUUUCUAGGAAAAGAUACCACCUGCAGCUAAUGGGACUCCCAACCCCACCAGGCUCCGUUCCUUUGCAGGGGUGGGCAGCCUCCCUCCUGUCCAGCGGCGACCCCAGUGUCCCCCUCAGGUUCUGGGGGACACUGGGGCUCGUGGUAAGAGCAGUAAAGGAUGCUGGCGCUGCUCAGCAUCCUGCGGCAAGGCCCCACACUGCCUUUUCUUUCUCUUGCCGAUUGCUAACAAACCCAUUAGGAUCACAAUGAUUUUCUGAGCAAUUUACCAGUUUGUUAUUGUCGCUGCAGCUCAGCCACAUCUUUACAUGUAUACUGUGAGUGGGGACACAUGUAUCAGUUUAGAACCAUUAAAGGAACCAAUGUAUGCCACAGCUAAUCUUAAUAAACCAGAUGUUUUCUGAA